UCCUCAUCUGUAUAGUGCUAUGGCUUGCCUAGUUUCAUUGUCCAUCUCGCUCUUCGUCUGUUUGGUCUGCUCUCAUGGGCAUGCGCUCAGUUUGAAUUACUAUGCAAAGAGAUGCCCCAAUGCCGAAAGCAUUAUAACACAGGUUGUAAAGGAUGCUGCAAAGAAAGACAACACGGUGCCUGCAGCACUACUGAGGAUGCAUUUUCAUGAUUGUUUUAUCAGGGGUUGUGAUGCUUCUGUGCUGUUGAACUCCAAAGGGAAGAACAACGCUGAGAAGGAUGGACCCCCUAAUAGAUCUUUGCAUGCGUUCUAUGUCAUUGACAACGCAAAGAAGGCAGUGGAAGCUCUUUGCCCUGGUGUAGUGUCUUGUGCUGAUAUCUUGGCUUCAGCUGCAAGAGAUGCAGUUGUUCUGUCUGGUGGGCCGUACUGGGAUGUACCCAAAGGAAGAAAAGAUGGGAGGAUAUCUAAGGCUAGCGAAACCACACAAAUGCCAGCUCCACUCUUCAAUAUAUCACAACUCCAACAAAGCUUCUCUCAGAGAGGUCUGUCCAUGGAAGACCUUGUUGCUCUCUCAGGUGGCCACACGAUAGGUUUUUCCCAUUGCUCAUCAUUCCAGAACAGAAUCCACAAUUUCAACGCCACCCAUGACAUUGAUCCUACGCUACACCCAUCCUUUGCAGCAAGUUUGAGAAGCAUUUGUCCAAACAAGAGUGGGGCAAAAAAUGCAGGCACCUCAAUGGAUCCGUCGUCAACUACUUUUGACAACACAUACUACAAGUUGAUUCUCCAAGGGAAGAGCCUGUUCUCUUCAGAUCAGGCUUUACUCACUUCUCCGAAGACAAAAGACUUCGUUUCAAAGUUUGCGACCUCAAAAGAAACUUUCUAUGAGGCCUUUUCAAGUUCCAUGAUCAAGAUGAGCAGCAUCACAGGUGGUCAGGAAAUUAGAAAGGACUGCAGGGUGGUAAACUAAACUAUCUUUCUCAACUAAGCACUUCGAUCAUCUAAAGUGAUCGGAAGAAAACCAGAGCUAUCAAGCUUGUUGAUUUUUCAGAUUAUAUGAACCCCGAAAUUCAAUACUCCACAGAACAAUGCAUAUAUUAUUUACAGAUUUAAAUGUCAAAGCAGUCUAUUUCCUCUCCUGCAAAUAGCAGUCCUGUUUGGAUACCCUGUUAUGCAGAAUUUUUGGGGCUCAAUACAAAACUUGAUGUUAGGGGGGGAAAGAGAUAAAUGGAAAGCCUUCAUGAAACUUUAACCACUGAUUUUACGUGAAAGCAGAAUUGGAGGUCUUGACACAUAAUUAUUUGCCCACGGGUAGCUCAUAAAUGGACAUCCAAAUUGAUUGAUCAGAUCUCAGUACAAAUGCACUUAAUCCCCUUUUUGCACACUUCUGAACAGAAGAUAAUAAGCUCAUAUCAUUUUCAUGCUACAAACAAGUUAUUGGUGCAUACAGGAUUGCAGUGGUCUUGUUACAGGACAUAAAAAAAAUACAAAAACCAAAACAAUUGCUUAUGGUCCACAGUUCAAUUCAGCAUCAAGCUUAGUUUAAUUCCAGAAGUGAUACAAUAAAUAAAACCAAAGGGGGAACAGAUAGUGUAACAUGUUAAUGUCAUCCCCAACACCCCAUGUAUUUUAACAGUCAUUCAAGAAGGCAAAAAA